AUGCCUGUCGUAGACUGGGCUUCGCCUCCAUCAAUCGCCUCUUCUCCAUCGACGCCCACUUCGCACCCAGUCAACCUGAAUUAUCCCUCUUGGACAAGUCUCAUCCUCGAGCCUGAUCCCCAAACCGAUCCCUUUGCUGCGGCCGCAGCCGCCUCUCGAACUGCCUUCACCAUUCCAGAACCACUUCGAGCAACAUCGCCACGCAUCGACGCCGAAGGCGAAGCGACGAUGCCAGUCAUGUGCGCCCCCUCACCAUCCAGCGUUUGCAGCUCCCCAUCCUUCGGACCUGCUUCUCCGGCUGCCAGCCACUCGCGUCGUCCGAGCACGACGUCAUUCGGUAAAAGACGAAGCAUCGUCUGCAUGCAGUUGGACAGGGAUGGCUCGGCGAGUCAACAGGGAAGACCUUCUGCAUCAAGCAGCAGACUCGCGUCUGCUGAAAGCGUAGAGAAUCCAUCUCACCUCAAGCGAAAAAGAAGUUCCAUCUCCAACUCAACCUCCAACCUCAACUCAAUGCCCAUGUCUGCUGAUCGCCGCUCGCCUGUCUCUGUGAAGGCAAAAGAGGAAGCUUCGGCUGCUCUCACGGUGGAGCAACUAGGUCAAGCGGCCGCUGCUGGUCGCGUCAAGCUCACCGAUGCCCAGCGAGCUUCCAUAGCUAGAUUGGUGGUAGCGCAGCUCAAGAGCGGUGCGACAUCGCUGCCAAAGCGUGACGUUCCCUCCGAUGCAAUGCGAGGAGAGAACGGUCAGGGCGCGGCCAGUUCUUCGCGCAACCUUGGAGCCACGCGCGUUCGAGCUGCCCUCAUGACUCGUACCUCUGCUUCCGCUUCGUCGCCUUCCACACGCACCACCGUCGCGUUGGCCGUGUCGAGCGCUCCGGCCUCAACACCGACUUCAGCUUCAGCGACCUCCUUCGGCCUGCCAUUUGCUCCUGCUAGCGGCACACAGCAAGGUCCUGGUGAAAUUCCGCAAUCUCAACGCUUUCGCGAGCUCUCUGCAUCGACCACUUCCUCCCUCGCUACUCGAAAAUCUGCAGCGUCGACCACGUCCGCAGCUAGGGCCAUCGCGCCCUUUCUAGCUCGCGUGACGCGCCGAGACUCGGAGAACGUUUCGCCUCUCAGCACAUCACAAGGAGGCACGCAUCAAGAGGAUGCUAGUCGAAGUGAAGCGUCCUUGUCAAGAGCUCCCGGACUAGCUUCGUCUUGGGCUUCGUACUAUGCUGGCGGAACCGCUUGGGCCGAAGCUGCGCUGGAACACGAAGCGAGACGCAUGAGUGGAGGUGCGGAUGAUGGCAGCGAUGCUCGUAGAGCGAGCAGGGUGGACCUAUCGGCAUGCUACGAGCAGCAAGAGCUGCGUGGCAGAUCAACUUCGGUCUCUUCCGCCGAUUCAGAAGAUCAAACGAGGUUGAAGCGUGCCAGGCGCGAAGGCGCCUCGAGUCGAAGACACACGACGGAGUCCGCUGGUGGUGCGCAAAGCCAAUCGACUGCGGCGUCAAUUGCUGACGAGUGCGCCUCGACGCGUAAACCUUCUGUGACCUGGACCUCUAGCGCGCAUGCGAAUGUAUCGGCAUCGCAGACGAACGCGCAAAUCAACGUCCAGGCGCAGCCUAGUCUGGUUGGAGUGCUGAGCAACUUUGCGAAUUUGCUAGAAGCUAGAGCAGAGACGUGUCAAGGACUAGAGGACCUCGCUAGACAGGCACAACAUCUCGAACCGCUUGAGCCACUUUCCCGCUGGGGUCCGACUCCGUCUCCGGCUUGCCGUGAAGAUGCGUCGAUGGAUGAUGAUACCUCUGGAACCGCGGAUGAAAGCGUCUGA